AUGUCCCAAGCACGGAAACGAAAGACCCAGAAGAAUCAAUCCGUGGUAGAUAAGCAGACUGCCAGCCCGAGCUCGGACACAAGCCAGAAGAUCUACGCGGAAGACAUGGCAGCAGCAUCCUCACUUGUGGCCGCACUACGGCGGCAGCCCGUCUGGAUCGUGCUCGCGGUAUCGAGCGGUGCCUGUGCGGCCAUCAACGGCGUGUUCGCCAAACUAACAACGACAGCCCUCACAUCAACCCUCUCCUCACACAUCGCACUCCUCCUCUCCCUCUCGGCGACCAACAAAGUCAUCGAAUUCCUCGUGCGCGGCACCUUCUUCCUCCUGAACCUGGCCUUCAACGCGGCGAUGUGGGCGCUCUUUACGGCAGCCCUGACCCGCGCAGACAGCACGACUCGCGUGUCGAUCGUCAACGUGUCGGCCAACUUCGUCGUCACGGCCGUGCUGGGCUGGAUGAUCUUCAGCGAGAAGUUGAAUGGCAUGUGGUGGGGCGGCGCAAGUUUGCUGGCCAUCGGGAAUGUCGUUAUCGGGCGCAGAGAGGAGGGGAAGAAGCCUGGUGGGACUUCAGGGCUGGAUGAGACCGCCUUGGAGGCUGAAGAGGGUGAAGGAUUACUUGGUAGGCGAGGGGAUGGGGAUGGGGACGACUUGCUCGUUGAGCUGGAUGACACCGCUGCUCCUGAUGAUUCCCGGAGGCUCAGGCGUGCGGAGGAGGCGGAUGCCCCGAUUUGA